AACUUAGUACUACAAAUUUCAACUAUGUCCAAUAUGUUCUUUCCACAUUUUCCUCUUACCUUUUUCUUCUGUUUCUGCCUAUAUUUCUCAUUUUCAUAUGCUCAUUUAAAGAGCCCUGAAACUCCCCAUUGUGAUUGUUCCUCUGCUCAUAACAAUAGCCAUGAAAAUAUUCCCGCCAAGCCCGGUCAGUCUUCCCCUGCUCAUGACAAUAGCCAUGAAAAUAUUCCCACCAAGCCGGCUAAUCCUACCCCUGUAAAUAACAACAACCAGCAGGAAGUUCCUGCCAAGCCGGCUAAUCCUUCCCCUGCAAAUAACAACAACCAGGAAGUUCCUGCCAAGCCGGCUAAUCCUACCCCUGCAAAUAACAACAACCAGCAGGAAGUUCCUGCCAAGCCGGCUAAUCCUACCCCUGCAAAUAACAACAACCAGGAAGUUCCUGCCAAGCCGGCUAAUCCUACCCCUGAAAAUAACAACAACCAAGAAGUUCCUGCGAAGCCGGCUAAUCCUUCCCCUGAACAUAACAACAACCAGGAAGUUCCUGCCAAGCCGGCUAAUCCUACCCCUGCAAAUAACAACAACCAGGAAGUUCCUGCUAAGCCGGCUAAUCCUACCCCUGCAAAUAACAACAACCAGGAAGUUCCUGCCAAGCCGGCUAAUCCUUCCCCCGCACAGAACAACAACCAGGAAGUUCCUGCAAAGCCUGGCAACUCUUCCCCUGCUAAUAACAAUAGCCAAGACACUUCAACCAGGCAUAAUAACUUUGUAGGAUGCUUCCACAAGGUCUACGCUUUUGGAGACUCCUACACUGAUACAGGAAAUGCUAAUUUACUGGAUGGUCACACAUCAAGUGGUUCAGCAAAAUCAAACAAUAAUUUAUGUGAUGGACAUUUAAUGGUAGAUUUUCUAUGUGAUGCUCUUAAGUUACCACAUUUGCCACCCUUUCAAAAUACCUCCGCAAAUUUCCAAGCUGGGGCCAACUUUGCAAUAGCCGGAUCAACAAUUCUCUCUAAAGAGGAUUUUUCAACCAAGAAACUUACUAACCCAUUCUGGAAAGGAUUACCAAUGAACUUUCAAACUCAGAUUGAUUGGUUCUUUAAGUUCAAACAGCAGAUGGGAUGUACAGAUAAAAAUGGUAAAAACUGUCAGGCUGAAAUGGAGAAUGCACUCUUCUGGAUAGGCUCUGUUGGUGUCAGUGACUAUGCUCGUAUACAAGGGUCCUCUCUAACUUCACAUUGGCUCACACAGCAGUCCGUCUUUCAAGUUAGCAGACUUAUCGAGGCAACACUGCAAAGCGGAGCGAAGUACAUCGUAGUUCAAGGGUUACCACCAAUAGGAUGCCUUCCAUUACAUAUCUCAUUGUGUCCACUGAAAGCUGCUCUUGAUCAUAUGGGAUGUGCAGCAGCUGUCAACGCAGCAGUAAUGUUGCACAACCAGAUCCUUCAAAAAAAAUUGGAAAUAUUCCGUAGUUUAUAUCCUAAUUGUCAUAUCUUAUAUGCUGACUACUGGAAUGCAUAUCUAACAAUAAAGAUGAACCUAAAAAAGUACCAAUUUGAGGAAGCUUUCAAACCUUGCUGUGGAGCUGUAGGCGGACCAUUGAACUUCAACCUGCAUUCGCCGUGUGGUUCACCUGGAACCGUUAAAUGUAAUGAUCCAAGCAAAUUCAUCAGCUGGGAUGGUAUCCAUCUUACAGAAGCGAUGAAUCGGAAAGUCACUGAUCUUUUCCUCAAUCAAGGCUUCUGUCAACCAUCUUUUAGUGAGCUGGUCAAGAGUAAGAGUGGCAUGUAGAUUGGACUCAAUGUAGCCUAGUAAAUAAUACCGCUCCGGAAAGACCAAUCAAGAGAGCGAGAUAAUAAUAGGAAUGUUUCUUCCAUUGUCAGAAUGAAAAACUUUAGAGUAAGCAAGAGUACCUCCUUUAUCAAUAAUAGAUAGACAACCUUUGUGGAGUACAACAAAUAUUUUCACCAAGCUGCAUUGUGAACGCACAUGUAUUGUCAUGUAUGAAUCUAUUUAUGUGGUAAUUCAAUGGACUGGAAGGAUACUCUUCCUUUGUUGAGACUUU